UCACUCUCUCUCUCCCUAUCAUUAGGUUUUUUCAAUGGAACCCUUUCCUUAGAGUUGUUCCAGACAAAAAAGUAGUAUAUAUUUUUUCAUCGAUAUCACCGAAAAGUCAUCAGACCUUUUACUCCGUCUUAUUCGCUUCAUGCUCCAUUCUGAAACACGGUUUUUGCCAGCUGAGUGUACAUGUACUGUAUGAUUCAGGUUCCCUCACGUGUAGUUUCCCUUCCAGUAACAGCUUUAACUACAAAUCAUGCUGUUCUUUUCGAUGGGAGAUUUGCAUCGGAUUUUCCACACAAAUGGAAAGAGCUUCUAUUAUUGAUAAUAGCGUGUUAUUUUAAAAAUGGUCACUAUAACAGAGGAUAUAUCGAUGGGAAAGGAGAAAGUUAAAGUUCCAGUGGUGAAUGAACUUGAUGGCAGCCGGCCGACCGAAUUUGGGUACACUCCGGUAUGUAUCAGUGGGCCAAAUGUUAGUGUGCCAUUUAAUUCUCCAUUUUAUCCUGGAUGUGGAUGUCAGCAGGCAUUGUGCACAAAAGACAAAUGCUCCUGCAUACAGAGUUAUGGACCAUCUUACAAUGAAGAAGGAUGCCUUCAAAUCUUCAAUCAACCAACUGAGUUUUCGCAACCAGUGUUUGAAUGCAACAGUCACUGUCCGUGCUCCAGAUCAUGUCAGAACAGAGUGGUUCAGAAUGGACAACAUCUUCAACUGCAGGUUUUCAAAACUUAUUGCAAAGGUUGGGGCUUAAGGACUUUGGAAAACAUAAAAGAAUGUACUUUUGUGUGUGAAUAUGCUGGUGAACUUAUUUCAAUCAAAGAAGCUAAAAAGCGCGCUCAGGAACUGACUGACGAGACAGGGAAUUAUUUGAUUGUUCUCAGAGAACACAGUUCGAAUGACGACCAAAUUCUAAGAACUCACGUGGAUGCUCGUUUCCAUGGAGGUGCGUCACGUUUUAUCAAUCACUCCUGCAACCCUAAUCUAAUAAUGGUACCAGUGAGAGUUGAUUCCAUCGUUCCACAUCUGGCUCUCUUUGCGGCCAGAAAUAUAGACAGUGGAGAAGAGCUCUCCUUUGACUAUUCAGGGGAAUUUGAUUACUGGCAUUCACAUGAAACGAACGAUGAACAUCAUGAAUUGAAAGCUCUGCAAGACCAAAGGAAGGACCGAAAAAGUUGUCAAUGUGGUGCAGUAAACUGCAGAGAAUAUCUUCCCUUUGAUUCUUCUCUGUAUUCCUCUGAAAGCCACCAAGCAAUUAGUCCAGUGAAUGGCUAACUACAGGAAGACACAUGGAAAGAUUGGGAUUCUAAUAAUAGAGAGAUUUAACACCGCGUUUACGUGAAACGGCAAAGGUCAGCUAGCCCUUCCACGUUUCACGUAAAACAGCGUGAACCUUACUGCUUUAACUUCGCGGGAGCUCAUGUUAUACUGGAUUUAAAGGCGCCCUUGUCUGACACACAAGGAAUAGUUUUGGUGCACCUUUUCCGGCGAUUAACUUCUACUUUGUGAUAGGAAAAGUAAAGAGGAUCCUAUGUACACGACAAGCGCGAAAAAGAUGACUUUCACGAAAAAACGGCUGAGCACAACCGGCAAAUGUGAACAAAUGGCGGGUUAAAGCAGG